AUGGCAUCCGUCGGCCCAAUACAUCAGCCCCAUGCAACGACACCCGUGACCCUGGGCUCGGGCGAGAGCCAUCAUAACCAGCUCUCCAACUCGAAGAAAUGGCGGUCUACACCUGCUCACCUUGACCGCGCCGCAAGCGACGACCUGCAUGCGCGUGUUACACAGCAAGCGGAAAAGGUCAAUCGCCGAGAAUCAAGACUCGGCUUUCGAAGCAUAUUCGGUCGCAGCAAGACUGGAAAGGCCGCCGACAUUCCCGCGCUGCCGAGCGUACCCAAAGCGUACGCAAAUGCCCCUGCGACGACCGACCUUCGACCAGGCGCAUACUCUUCACCAUACAGCAAGGCUGUCGCACACACAACCGUGCCACUGUCCACGGCAGCCGAGGACCAAGAGCGCACAGGGAAUAAAGUGGCGGCUGCAAAGCCACCAGCCAAGGUAAACCGUGGUCAUAUGGCAUCGUGGGAUGCGCCCCCCUUAUUCAAAGCCUACCCACAGGCAGUUAGAUAUUCAACCCUGCCAUCUUGUUCAACGCCUGCCGAUUUACUAUUAAAGCAACAAGAAAAGACCCCUGGCACCCCAGAAGAUGAAAAGGUGAAACCAAGAAGAAGGCAUCGCCGAUCCAAAUCUGGCUCGCACACCGACGGUGAGGCCAAGAAGAAGAUUUAUAUUCUCGUUACGGCUGGGUAUCUGCUGGAAUAUGCCAACGACGGUCCGUUUGACCGCUUACCUGAGAAGGUUCUGAAACUGAACAGACAUUCGGCGGCAUUCGCAAGCGACUCUAUCCCUGGCCGCCAUUGGGUCUUGCAGGUUGCUUCUGCCAUGGACUCCGAUGGAGCUGUGCUGCCAGAUACAAGUCGCUCCAUCUUUUCACGACUGCCGUUUCGUGGAGCACCGACGACGGAGCGCCGCAGCGCCUCGAAUAUGCUGCUGAUUUUCGAAAGCGCCGAAGAAAUGGAUGAGUGGUUGGCGACGAUACGCCGUGCUAUUCAGGCCUUGGGCGGCAAGAAGUUCCUUUCGGAAACCGGAAAGCCAAAGGGCGAGCACGCCGUUCCUCUUCGGGAACGAGCGAGUCAGCGAACGCUUGUUGUAAGGGACCCCGAGCUCUACAAGAAUCGCGGCGCUGUAUGCCAAUCUGACUAUUCGUGGGAACAGAACGUCUCCGAUAAUCGAGCCAGUGUUAUCUCAUUUGCCAUGUCGGAUAAUGGUCGUGACCGGUCCAUUGAUGAUUUUUCUACCACUAACAGCGUCAUCUCCCAUGAUGGUCAACAACUCGAGAGUCUCAGAAAUAGCUCCAAUCGUCUUUCAUAUGUAUCAUCAGGUCAGCGAACAAUGGUCACUUCUACCACCUCUUCAUCGCCAGCCUGCUCUCCCACCGUGGAUUCUUUCCCUUCAGGACUGGAAGACAUAGGCCAUUAUACCCUCGACACCAACACCACCGAGACGAGGAUUCGGUUCAACGGAUCCGCAAUUGCGGACCGAAGGCAGUCCCUCCAACCCGUACCUUUUGCUGAAGUAAAAGGCGGGCAGCCUGGGCAGAGACCUCUAUCUACGACGUUCUCGCCUACUGAUAGUAUUGGACCUCUAUCAGCUGGGAGCCCGGCUCCCAAUUUCAGCGUGCCUUCCAGCCGCAGGUUCUCGACUAGGAUCUCGACAUUUGAGUCUGGAAGCCCGUCUACCACUCCGCGAGAUGUUGAGAUGAUGUUGAGGAUACCAUUCCGCAGACCACCUACAACGUCGCGGGUUUCUCGCCCCUUGUCCAUGGUUGAGGACCAACCUCUUUCUUCCCAACGAGAAACGUUUGAUCAAGUAGAGAUCGCACCUUCCCAAUCAGAGCGAGGCUCUGUGGUUCUCGACGGCCAGGUGCUAGAAUUCGAUCCCACCAAGCCUGUACCAUCAGACGCCGAGUUCAAACUACAGAAACCGCCCCGGAAUGCGAAACCCCCUAGCGGCCCACGCAGACUCGCUAGCUUAGGAUCACUCGGCAAGCCACGUGAAUCUUUCUACGGCACAGAUGCUUCAGUCGAACCGAACCGAAUGCGCAGCCUCCGGUCAGCCCCUCUCCGGUCAUUUGAGAUGGAACCUUCUCUGUCCACAUUUGAUAGGCAUCAACGAGGGGGCGCUUUUGCGUCUCUGCCAUCGCGAGUGGCCAAGAGGUCUAGCAUGCUACCAUUUGUGCCAGCGUUUGGUAAACCUGAAUCCAUUUCCGAACCUCCUGCGCCUCCCCCUACCAUCCCCCUUCCUCCUGUUCCAACUCCUUCCCACAUCAAGGCCGAGGCCAAAGCCCUGGCCCUACAAAACCGGCGCAGUAUGCCGCAGUUGGCGGAUGGACCACCACCGGCUCCGCCCCCAACAUGCGCGUUGCCUCCAAUCCCUCAACAAAUCUCACAGAAGCUUCAUGCUCAGUCAUGA